UUCGACAAUUCCACAUACAGCUUAGCUUCCGCCGGGGUACAAAGAAUCUGAAUUUUUUUAAUGGCAAACAUUCGUGAUAAUACAACUAAAAAAUCCGGACGUCCCGUUGUCAACGUAGCAAUACAUCCGAACUGUGUAACGCCUCCCGGUAGCAUCGGUACCACCUUCGAUGGCGAGCACAAAUCCAUCUUUUUCGACGAAAUCUCCCAAAUCAUGCGGGGCUACGGAGACUGUGAGAAACCGCUGCGCGAAUCGGUGAUACUGGUGGAAAAGAUCGUUCUGCAGCAGCUGCGUGGCAUCAUGCAGGAAGCCAUCGACCACGCAAUGUCCCGGCCAAAUUCGCCGACCCUUUCGAGACGUGAUUUCGAGUACAUCAUGCGCAAAAAUCAGAUCCGUGUGGCUCGGCUGCAAAAAUACUUCCGCGACAUGGCGAUGGUGAAAAAGCGCCUCAAGGAUAUCUGUGGCGGUCGGUACUCCCAUUUAAAUCUGGGCGGCAGUUCCGAAGCUUCGGAUGACGACUCCGACAGGGAAGUGCCGGAGAAGUAUGAUGAGGAGAAGGUGCGUCGACUGUUUCGCGCGGACCGAAUCGCUCAAAUUCUUACCGGCAAGCAGUACGAUGAGUAUAACUUAGCUCGCCGUACCUCGUUCAUGCACCGGAACGCUGAAGUAUUUAAAGGUAGGAUGCGAGCGUGGUUAAACAUUCCGGAAGAUGUCAACAUUACGCAAAGCUGCCUGCUAACGUUGGCUUACUUGGCGCAUGAAACCAUCGCGGUGCUGGUGGACUUAUGUAUCCUUACGAGGUUGGAUUCAGGCAACAGAAGCGUAGACCCUUACAGCCGUGUUACUUCUUCAGGCAAAUCUUACAACAUGCUUCAUGCCUGCCCCGAAGUGACACAAGGCAGAGGAAUGGAUGGCGUACGGGCAAUCACACCCCAGGAAAUAAACGAAGCAAUGAGAAGGCACCGGCAGAUGGCAACGCGGACGUCUGGUCGAUAUAGAAACGCUCUCAAUUUCAAACCCCCUUACCUUGCGAUGUAAACGUCGUCUUGUCAUUAAAUCUAGCGUCAAUAAGUACAAAAAGUGUGUUUGAUUAUAAAACAAUUAAUCACCGUCUA